CUUCUUCUUCUCCUCCAUUGCGUCUCCAAAGAUAAAGCUCUCCCAAGUCAUUCAACUGACCCGGCGUUGCUUCGUUCCAAGCAACAGCCAUGAGCAGCCGUCCUAUCCAGCGGCUUGCCCAGCUGCGUGGGGCAUCGUCAUCGGCUCGACGCGCUUCAACGCGGCUCGCCGGCCCCAGCUACACCACUCUCUCGGCCAACAACCCGACAACUCGGCACCAGAUCCGACACACUGAAAGAAGUAGUCCAGCAGUAGCAGUAGCAUUCACAGGUCUGCUGUCAAAGAGGCUAUUCGGAAGUACAGCCCAGCGCCGCAAUGAAUCCGCCGCCGCGGAAGACGAGGAAGAUGCGGGAAGCUACAGCGAGGCGGACCACGAGCACGCCGUCAUCUCGACGUUUGAUCUGUUCUCGAUCGGCAUCGGCCCUUCGUCUUCGCAUACCGUAGGCCCUAUGCGCGCCGGCAACAUCUUUGUCGCCGAUCUGGCGGAAGCCAACCUCCUACACAAGGUCAACAAGAUCCGCGUUUCCAUCUACGGCAGCCUCGCUCUCACGGGCGAAGGCCACAUGACGCCGUCGGCGCUGCUUCUCGGCCUCGAGAGCGCCGAUGUGGAGACCGUUGACACGGCGUACGUGCCGGAGCGGUUCACCGAGAUCAAGGCGAGCAAGAAGCUCUUCUUGGGCCAGGGUCUCUCGGAUGGCAAGGGCAAGGAGGUCGCGUUUGACUAUGAGAGGGAUUUCGUGUGGGAAUGGGGUCGCAAGUUGCCCAUGCAUAGCAACGGCAUGCGGUUCACGGUCUUUGAUGAUGAGGGUUACGUCUUGGCGACGAACGACAUGUUUAGCGUCGGCGGAGGAUUCGUCGUCAAUGGUUCCCUGUCCAUCAACCCGGAUGCAUCGCCGGCAUCGUCCUCGUCCAUGACGCAGGUGGAUAGCCCAGACGGUGAGACUACCGGAAGGCAUCCGGCCGAUUUGGCGGAGAACAUGUUUUACAAGGAGAUUCGCCGCUCCGACGCUGCGGGAGACCGUAGGACCGGCGCCGAGGUCAAGCCCCUGGACGAAGCAAAAGAAGACCCGAUGCUGCUCGAUGGCACACAAUCAGAUCUAUCCCCCAUCGAAUCAACAUCCGGAAACGGCGUCGACGGUGGUGCCGACCAUGGAUCUGAGAGCAGCGAACCCUCUGGCCCCCGGUACCCCUUCCGCGACGCGACCAGCUUGCUUGCGCUCUGCCGCAAGCACAACCUCACCAUCGCCCAGCUCGUGUACGAGAACGAAAAGAGCCACGGGUACACGGAUGAGGAGAUCUACCACAAGCUCUUCAAGAUCUGGCAGGUCAUGGACACGAGCAUCCUGGAAAGUGUCCAAGCACCGCUAGACACAAAACUCCCCGGCUCCCUCAAGCUCCAUCGCCGCGCUCCCGCUCUCUACCGGAGGUUAACCCGAGGCCUCUACUCCACCGCCGGCCACACCUCCCCGAACCCCCUCGACAAGGGCACCGGCGAAAAGGCCUCUUUGCCGGGCUUCUCCUCCGGCUCCGGCUCCGGCUCCGGCUCCGCAUCCACCCCGGCAACCAUCUCCAAAUCCAAGGUCCCCGGUCUCAGCAUCGGCCGCCGCCAACCCCCCCGGAUCCUAGGCUCCCUCGACCACCCCAUCACCCCUUCCCCCUCCCGCCGCACAACCUUCCCGACAAUGGACUACCUCACAGUCUACGCCAUCGCCGUCAACGAAACGAACGCAGCCGGAGGCCGCAUCGUCACGGCCCCCACAAACGGCGCAGCGGGCAUCAUCCCCGCCGUCCUCAAAUACACCAUCGAAUUCAUCUCAGACGACCCGGAGCGCGACAUCCCCACCUUCCUCCUCACCGCCGCAGCAAUCGGCAUGCUCUACAAGCGCGGCGCCACAAUCUCCGCCGCGGAGGGCGGGUGCAUGGCCGAAGUAGGCGUCGCGUGCUCCAUGGCGGCGGGCGCGUUCGCGGCGUGCAUGGGCGCCAGCCCCGAGGCUAUUGAACAGGCGGCCGAGAUUGGGAUCGAGCAUAACCUCGGUCUGACGUGUGAUCCUAUCGGGGGGUUGGUGCAGGCGCCGUGUAUUGAGCGGAAUGCGCUGGGUGCGAUUAAGGCGAUUUCGAGCGCGAAUUUGGCGUUGAGCAGUGAGACGGGAACGCAGAAGGUUAGGCUGGAUGAUGCGAUUCGGGCGAUGCGGUUGACGGCCAAGGGGAUGCGGAAUGAGUUCAAGGAGACUAGUUUGAGUGGGUUGGCGACGAGCGUGCCGUUUAAUAUCCCUGUUAGUGUGCCUGAUUGCUAGAUAUCGGGAUUUGGUUUUAUGAGUUAAAAUGGGCUGUUCUUUGGUUCUUUGGUAUGAUUAUAGACUUGGGAAUAGAAUUACGGCCUUUCGGUGGAAGAGACACAUCAAGGGGGUUAGGCUUGAAGCGCUGCCAAUCCUCGAUUCGCGGUUCCGUCUUUUCAGUGGGAAAACUUGAGUCUUAAAACUUGGGAUGAGGAAAUAGAGGAUGCAUGGUCAAUCAAGCUGCGGUGUCUGAUUCCUUCAUGUUAUGCUGACAUGAGCCGCGAAUGCCUUCUAGGGCGUAGCUCCCGGUGUUGAAUUGAGCGUGCAUGCCCACACAAGCCGGG